AUGGAAGGUCAAAAUGAGAAUGAUGAGCUCUACCCUAUCGCCGUGCUCAUUGACGAGCUGAAGCACGACGAUGUGCUCCUCAGACUCAAUGCCAUCCACCGCCUCUCCACGAUCGCACUUGCCCUCGGACCCGAUCGAACCCGGGAGGAGCUCAUUCCAUUCCUUGAUGACUCCGUUGAGGACGAGGAUGAGGUCUUAACUGCGCUCAGUGAAGAGCUGGGAAAUUUCACAGAAUAUGUUGGAGGUCCAGAACACGCGCACGUGCUCCUCUCCCCGCUGGAGAAUUUGGCGGCCAUUGAGGAGCCCUUGGUGAGAGAGAAGGCCGUCGAGUCCCUCAACAAGGUUUGCGAGCAGCUGUCAGAAGGCCAGGUCGAGGAGCACUUUGUCCCCCUCGUCCUCCGUCUGUCCAAGGCGGACUGGUUCACUUCGAAGGUCUCCGCGACUGGCCUUUACUCCACACCAUACAAGAAGGCUACACUGGCCCUGCAGCAGUCCCUCCGACAGCACUUCGGAGCUCUGGUACACGAUGAAACCCCGAUGGUGCGACGACAGGCGGCGAACAACUUGGCCAAGUUUGUGAAGGAAAUGGACAGCAAAACCGUCAUUGAAGAAAUAAUACCUCUCUUCCAAUACUUGGCGAGCGAUGACCAGGACAGUGUCCGCCUGCUUACCGUCGACAUUCUCAUUGCGAUUGCGGAGGAGAUUCCUAAGGAGCAGCAGCCUAGCCAUGGCGUUUUGUUGACAUCGCUGCGCAGUCUCUUUGAGGAUAAGAGCUGGAGAGUCCGAUACAUGGUUGCCGAUCGAUAUGAGAAGAUUGCCAAGGCCGUUCACGAAGAGGUCGUCACUCGGGACAUGGUUCCCGCUUUUGUGAAGCUCCUCAAGGACACCGAAGCUGAGGUUCGCACUGCCAUUGCUGGCCAGAUUCCCGGCUUCUGCCAUUUGAUUGAUCGCGACACUCUCCUCAACGAAAUCAUGACUAGUGUGGAGGACCUGGUCUCAGACCCCUCUCAGCAUGUUCGAGCCUCCCUUGGUACUCAAAUCAGCGGGCUCGCGCCGAUCCUAGGAAAGGAGGAAACUAUCGCCCACCUUCUUCCCAUGUUCCUGCAGAUGCUCAAGGAUGAAUUCCCCGAUGUCCGUCUGCACAUCAUCUCCAAGCUUGAGCAAGUCAACAAAGUCAUUGGCAUCCAGCUUCUCUCUCAGUCACUCCUUCCCGCUAUUGUCCAGCUGGCUGAGGAUAAGCAAUGGCGUGUGCGUCUUGCCAUCAUUGAAUAUAUCCCUCUCCUCGCCAGUCAGCUUGGAGUGGAGUUCUUCGAUGAGCAGCUCAGCGAUCUCUGCAUGGGCUGGCUCGGAGACACUGUCUUCUCAAUCCGAGAGGCCGCUACCGAGAACUUGAAGAAGCUGACAGAGGUUUUCGGUGUCGAAUGGUCAAAAGCCUCUAUUAUUCCUAAGGUUAUGGCCAUGGGUCAACACCCCAAUUACCUAUACCGCAUGACCACGUGUUUCGCUGUCUCUACUCUCACCCCCGUUGUCAACCUCGAAAUCAUUGAAAGCUCCCUUCUUCCUAUUCUGGAGCGCCUGGUUACAGAUGAAAUCCCUAACAUUCGUUUCAAUGUUGCCAAGUCUUACGCCGUUAUCAUCGCUACGCUGCGACGUUUGCCGGCCGAUAAGACACUGGUUGAGGUUGAGAAGUCUGAGGAAACCAUCACCCCAGCACCUCAGAGCCAGGAGCUGAUUCAGUCAAGGGUUGUGCCUAGCCUGGCGAAGCUCCAGGAGGAUGAAGAUGUGGAUGUCCGGUACUUUGCUACGACUGCUGGCGGUAAUCAGGAUGAGGUCAUGCAAACCUCGCCUUAA